AUGUCUGCACAAAAUUCCGAUCAGCACAGCUACGAAGGGUUCAGUGGUGAUCGCUCAUGGUGGAUGAUAUAUGGUCCAGAUGAUUUUGACUACAUGACCCAAAGGCCGUCUUCAGAUGGCACAGGUGACAUUAUGCUCGGCGGAGGAACUUUUCGCUCCAAGGAUAAUGGUCUUGAUCAAAUUGGUAUAUGGGAUGACAGCCGCACCGAUUCAUUCACACCUGCACACCUGGCUGGCAUCCUGCCCGUUGUGUUUUCCCGGGAGAAGCAACAAAGAGAGCCUGAAAGACAGGCGAAAUUCUUACAGCAACACUGGUCUGGUAUCAUCUCGCUGACUGGAGAUUCACUUCCCUUUGUUGGAAAGCUGGACGCUCGCCUCACUGGAAGACGCUCUCAAAAAGACUCGGAUGACUCGGCUGAGUGA